AUGGCGGACAAGUACAUGCUCAGAGUCACCGCUGGCUCAGACUAUGACGAAGCGAACCAAAAGCUGGUUCACGUCAACACUGAACAACCACUCAGCAUCUCCAGCUCCAAGCUCGAUGCUUCCUUGACCGUUCGCGUCCAAAACUACCGCGGCGAACCCGUCAAUUCUCCAGCAUCAUGCGCCUACUUCGAAACCGAUCCCCACAAGUCGGAUCUCUACAGCAUUUCCUUCUCCUUCACGCCCAAGAAGAACAUCAACGGUCAUGAUCUGGUCUUCGGAAACGACUUUGACCACCCGAUCAAGGACAAGCUGCCUCCGGGCUUCGGACAAGCAAUGAAGAUUGCUCAGUGGUUUAUCGAUCCUGGACUUUACGGCGAUGCAUACGCCGACGAGCCAUACCUUUAUGGACCCUUCCUCAGUUCUAUCAACACGCUGAGAGUUGGCGAAAAGAAAGAGCCCGCGGAGCUGAAGGGAAGCGACGACAAGCCUGUUAUAGUAUCUGAGGGUGCAGAUGGCGAUGGCGUCGAGGCUAGAAAGAAGGCCGGCUUGCCCGAUGAGGCAAACGCUCGCAAGAAGCACUUCCUCAAGGAGCAGCACUUGAAGGACUUUACAUUUGAGCAGGGCAGAAACUACAGCUGCGACUUCUUCAACCCAUACCUGGAUUUCAAUGACUUCGCACUCAAGCUUCCUGGAUUCAGCUACAUCCCCGGCAUCACUAUCCCCAUCAUCAGCUACUGGGAUGGACAACCUCUGAGGUCUCACGCACUUAGAUAUGUCCUCAAAGACAGAAGCACAAACGAAGUCCUCUUCGUCAUCAUCUUCACCCUGCUACCCCGCCACAGUGAGGGGCAGAAGGAAGACGCGAAGAAAGGAGACAAGCCCAGCCAGAAGGAUGGAGAUCUAGAUUGA